ACGCGGCGGUGACGCGCGGCACCGGGCGAUGACGCGCACGGGCGAUGGGGCAGGCGCUGUGCGUCUGCUCCCGCGGCACCGUCAGCCUGGGGGGAGCGCGGUACCUCCUGCUCCACCGCCUGGCAGAGGGGGGCUUCAGCUAUGUGGACCUGGUGGAGGGGCUGCGGGAUGGGCGCUUCUACGCCCUGAAGCGCAUCCUGUGCCACGACAAGGAGGACCGCCAGGCCGCCCUGCACGAGGUGGAGAUGCACGGCCUCUUCGACCACCCCAACAUCCUGCGCCUGGUGGCCCACUGCAUGGUGGAGAAGGGCACCAAGCACGAAGCCUGGCUUCUGCUGCCCUAUGUGAAGGGGGGAACCCUCUGGAGAGAGGUGGAAGCACUGCGGGAGAAAGGCACCUUCAUGCCAGAGCAGCGGAUCCUCCUCAUCCUCCAUGGGAUCUGCCGUGGGCUGCAAGCCAUCCACAGCAAGGGCUAUGCACACAGGGACCUCAAGCCCACCAAUGUGCUGCUGGAUGAGGAUGACCAGCCUGUGCUGAUGGACUUGGGCUCCAUGAACCAAGCUCGCAUCGAAGUCAACAGCUCUCGGGAGGCCAUGGCUGUGCAGGACUGGGCUGCCCAGCGUUGCACCAUCUCCUACCGUGCCCCCGAGCUCUUCACAGUGCCGAGCCAGUGCGUGAUAGAUGAGCGUACAGAUAUCUGGUCCUUAGGCUGUGUGCUGUACUGCAUGAUGUUUGGAGAGGGCCCCUAUGAUGCCAUCUUCCAGAAGGGUGACAGUGUGGCUCUGGCGGUUCAGAACCCCCUCACGUUGCCCUCCACAACCAGAUACUCGGCUGCCUUGCAGCGCCUGCUCUUCUCCAUGAUGACAGUGAACCCCCAGGAGAGACCCAGCAUAAAUGAAAUCCUCCACCAACUGGAGGGGCUGCAGCCAGCACCGCCGGGACAGGACACCACGCAGAUCUGAGCCCAUCCCCUUCCAGUGGAGACGCCAGGGGAAAAGCAGCUGCCCUAAUCCCUGCUGCCCUGCAGACCUGUUGCAGAGGGGAUUGAUGCCCUGGGGGAGAGCUGCUGCUCUGUCCUGGAGGUGUGUUGGAUUUGGAGUGUUCUGUGCCCUGGAUGCUGCUGCCUGGGCCUUGGUCUGUGCUCCUGAGCUGUGGAUAUGUGAUCUGCUGCUAAACAUGGGUCCCUUGCCAGCUGCUGCCUUCCCUGGGGGUGGCAGAAGAGGAUGUUGUGGGACCCCUCCUGGGGAUGGGAGCCCUGCAGCUCUGUGCCCCAGGAAGGUUGCUGCUGCCCGGAGCAGAGCUGCGGGCCGGAUCCCGGUGCUGUGCUGGAGGGAGGCAGAGGGAGUGCCCACUCUGCCAUUGCUCUUGGCACUGAUGUUGCCUUGUGUUUGAAGUAAAGUAUGUUC